AUGGUAUCUAUAUGUGUUGUACUUUGUUUGGCUAAACCUCAUCCGUUGUUGAGAAAGGGUGCCCAGUUUUUAAAAAUAGCAGUUGCUCCUAUUGGUACAGACCGUAUCGAAAAUUUAUAUUAUUGGACUCUGAUUAUUCGUCAUGAAUAUGGAGACGCUUUAAAUUCAUCUGAAAUUUUGUCUCGGAUAGUUUCUGCGAUUACGGGGCGAAAAUAUUGCAUCGUGGGAAUCAAAAUUCCAAGUUAUGCAAUACUUUGGGAACCAGACUACAACUAUGGUGGAAGGAAUUCUCGGGACAAAGAGCUCGUAGUGCUGGAAGUCACCGGAGUUGCUGCUGUCGAUGCGGAGGAGGCUCGCCGGAAAUGCUGCUGGGUUCGUCGGAGGAAGAAGAGCUCGUCGGAGUUGCAGCUGGUCGCGGACGGAGAGGGCUCGCCGGGGAGGAGAACGCUGCCAUGGCCGCGACGUGCUGGUGGUGAAGGCUCGCCGGUGAGUUCCACUUCGCCGGAAAAAGCUGAGUGGCGGGGAUGA